AUGGUCGUAUGCUAUUCAUCGGGCAGCAUGAUCACAUUCUUAGACGUGCACACGAAACAGACAUGGUUCCGACGAAGCACUACCGGAGGAACUGUUGGAAGUAUUACGUCCUACAGAAAAGACCCUAAUUACCGUUUAGUGAUAGCAGAGGAUAGAGAAGGUGACCAGGAUCCAAUAAUAAUAUUGUACACAUGGCCUCAAAUGGAAAUGGAUGCGGUACUUCGUGAUGGUACCGCGAAUGGAUAUGCUUGUCUUGAUUUUAGUCCCGAUGGAGAACUUUUAGCGUCUGUGGGCAAGGAACCAGAUUUCAAUUUGACUAUCUGGAACUGGAAACGUCAUAAGAUUCUUCUGCGCACUAGUGCUUUUACAUACGGAGUUCAUGCCGUCAUGUUUUCGCCAUACUGUGAAGGGCAACUUACAACUUCAGGCGCUGCGCAUAUAAAAUUUUGGAAAAUGGCAGAAACCUUCACUGGUCUCAAAUUGAAAGGCGAGCUUGGUAGAUUCGGAAAAACUGAAAUUUGUGAUGUCCUUGGCGUUUAUCCAAUGCCUGACGAGAAGGUACUAUCGGGAUGUGAAUGGGGUAACAUUUUGGUUUGGGAAGCUGGCCUCGUCAAACUAGAAGUGACGCAGAGAGGAAGAAAAAUGUGUCAUCAGGCUCCGAUUAUCCAAUUUAUGUUGAGCGAAGCUGGUGAUGAAGUGACAACGAUAGCUCGCGAUGGCUGUGUCCGUGCGUGGUACUGGGACACUGUAGAUCAAGCUGACCCUCCAGAAGACGACCCUUUCGUUGAACUUAACCCUGUAGCUGAGACUUGUGUGCCAGGUUGCCAAAUAAUGUCCUUGAAACACAAAAAAGACUUGUUGUGGUAUGCCCAGGACGGCAAUGGAGGAAUAUGGGUUGUUGAAUUAGACAUUGAUAAGAUAGAAUGUGACCAUCGAAGAGUGACCACGUGUCAUGCUGGAGGUAUUGUUGCGAUGGCGGCGUUGAGGACGCAUCCAAUCCUGAUCACGGCAGGAGAGGACGGAGCAUUGCAUGCCUACCACACAGAAAAACAUGUUCUGCUUGCGCGAUAUGUUUUCCCUAAUCCAAUUACUGCUCUUCUUUAUCCUCCCUUGGAUGUUGAUGAAACUUCACGCAUUUUGAUACUGGGUUUUCAAGAUGGCAUAAUGCGGACUUUGCUGUUAUACCCUGACAGAAUCCAAGGUCAGAAGGACAUGAUCGAUAUACGGGUGCACUCAGCAUUAACCAUCCAUAGUGACGACUCCGAUACUGCUGAUGUUAUAGAUUUAAUAUCGCUACUUAAACCACACUCGAAAGCAAUAACUCAAAUAACGAUAAAUAUCCAGCGAACUUUACUGGUGACAUGUGGGGAGGAUAGCACUAUAUUCAUUUAUUUAUUAAAUAGAGGUUCGCCCUUUACACUUGAAAGAAUCGGUUUUGUUGAAACGCCUAACAACAUCGCUUUUAUGACCUGGAAACCUGAUUCAGAUCGAGUGCUCCUGUUAUGUGGUCAAGUUGGCCUGAUAAUGGAAGCUGUACUACCGGAGCCAAUAGUUCGCAAUUACACUGACAUUAAAACCUUUAAGCUAGAGUUUGAAUCCUAUAAAGAAACCUUAGUGAAAAAGCACUUUAUGCGCCAUCAACCUUUUCCGGAAGAAGAGGAUCUCGCUAGUAUUGAUGAAGAGGCUCUGAAGGCUAAAGAAGAGGCUGAACUUCGAGAUGAUGAAGACGAAGGCGAAUGGAUCGGCGAAAUCGAGCUAAUGGAAAGUGAGAGCAUGCUGGGCACAACGAUUACUUGGGCCGAAUACUGUGAGGAAGGUGUAUGGAUUGUUCAACAAGGGACAGGAGCUUUACUUCUCAUCCAACCAGGCAGCAACAAAAUAAUGAAGUAUGCACCUUUUCCUGGGGCCUGGUGUGAAGAUAUAACAGCAUUAAGAUUUGUAUGUGACGGGCGUUACCUAUUGGUAGGAACAAAUACUGGAUACAUCCGCAUGGUUCGCAUGCCAACUGAGGAGGAAGACAACCCUCAACAUCAUUUAAACCUAUGGUUACUCGCACAACAGAAGCUACUACGAAAACUUAAGGGCAGAAGACUGGCUAAAGAACAGUUACAACCAAUCCCUCGAAUUGAUUUCAUAGAUCACUAUUACUUGCCGAUGCAUGACCGCUAUACUGGGGCUAUCACUGGCCUGGAAUUUAACAACGAUUCGAGUGCCCUGUACACCGCUGGACGUGACGGAAAUAUUUUCUCUUUUGUCAUCAACUUUCCAGAACAAUUGUUACCUACACCAGAGCUUCCAACACCUUUAGAAACCCUUAAGGUAGAAAAAGCAAAAGAACACAGCACACUAGAAGGCGAACUGAUGUCUCAUGAACAGCUCAAGCAGAAAGAAGAAUUUGACAAAAUGAUGGCAAUCGCUAAUGCACAUAAGAAACGUGUUCGCGACCAAUUAGCUGUGCUAACAACUGAAUACAACAAACUGAUUAAAGCGAACAAAGCACUACCAGUGUCUCAACAAAUAGACGUCACCCUCGACACGCGACCCCUGCAAGUGCAAGAAAAAGAGCUGGAAGAUGCCAAAGCCCUUACUAAAAGGAAAUUAGCACAUCAGCUGGAGGCUUCCGAUUUGGCUCUAGCAAAGAUGCAUUCCAGGAAUAUCAUACAGUUGGACGUGUUUCCUUUCGCCGUUAGAGCUAUCGGAAAUCCAAACAUAAUUAUUAGACCAUUACGACAAAAGAAUCUCUCGGCUGCUUUCUAUGCACAAUUGGAAGAAGUAUACCAGCAAAUGGCAGAUGCCGCCCAGAAGGGAAGACGCACUGAGUCAGCGGUUCGUCGGGUGGGAACGCGAAAGGCAUCGUACGGACCUCCGAGAGUAGCUUCGUUCUUACUAGGCUUGCCAUCAAAGCCUCCGUACCCUCUAAAGAAAGCCCUGAAAAACUACCACGCUCGCCUAAACAGACACCAUUUGCAGUAUAUAGAGUGGCAAGAACAUUUGAACCGUAAACCUGACCCAAACGCUAUGCCCCCUGGAGCUGCUGAAGCGUUGAAAGAAGCUGAAGCUACCAUCGGCAACCGCAUACUGAAGACAGAACCUGAAUACGUUGCUUCGCCUGGUCAUAAUACGCAGAUGCGAGUCUGUCUCUGCAGGAAAGAGGUCUACGAUUUAAAACAUGAAUUCAACGAAAAGGUAUUAGAGCUACGGAGUCGUAAAGUGCAAAUGGUACAACGUAUGAAGGAGAUAGGAGAUCGACUGUCCGAGAUUCGAAUAGAGAUACCGCCUAAAUUAGUUAAACCACCGCCGCCCUUGCCACAAUUUGACGAUGAAUUAGAAUUUCCUGAGAGACACCUUGAAGUAAAACCUGAACCAAUAAACCCAACGAGCAGACUUCCACAAAAGAAAGGGCAACAAGGACCGGAGCGCAGGAGAGCCUCCGUCAAUGUAACUGCGAGAAUACGGCAGCCAAGAGUUAACAGAUUUGUACCCGUGACUGAUAUAAAACCCCUUUAUGCAUCAUGGGAACUCUUGAGACAGAGACCGGAUCAUGAAUCGAGCCCUAUAGAAAAUGAAAUUCGUGAGAGACGUAUAGAAAGGUGA